AUGGCACCACUCAUGUCCCAACCUUACAGAGUAACCGCUGAACAUACUGCGUACAUAGCAUACACACUGGCCGAUGUUGCGACGGAGGCUCAUGCAUACUGGGGUUUCGUGCUGCCUUGCUCAGAUACCGUACAAGUACCUGAUUAUAUGUAG